AUGUCCGCGACCGACCGGGUGCGCUUCAUGCAGCCUUCUUCCUCCAAAGAACUGAUCGAGUUGAUCACGAGUUCUGGUACACUCACUGAUCAUGAGAAACGCGUCGUCGAGCUGUACGAGGUACAUGACGGCAUUUUAUACCGAAGAUUUGCAGGCCGUCCGUUACUCGUCGUCCCCAGAGCUAUGAGAAAGGGAAUAGUUAUCGGAGCCCAUGACUAUGGAGGUCAUUUCUCACAGGACCGCACGGUGGCGAAGAUAACACAGGACUUCUUACAACAAAAUAAGGAAAUCGCUACAUGA